CAAUUGAUCUCUGGAUGGGAUUCAGGUCCUCAUCUCAGGGUGUGAUGGUGCUGCGAUGAAGGACUUGGCUCUGGAUAGCAUUCAGUAGGGGAUCUCGAGAAGCCAAGAAAAGAUGGGCUGUGCAAAUAGCAGUGACAAUAGCAACCAAAACUCUGACUUAAACCAAGGUAAAGAACAAAAAGUACCGGCCUUACCCUUCAGAGAUCUCCUAUCAAGUCCAGUUUCAAAAAAUGUUCAUUUUGAUGAAAGCAUUGAAUCUAAUGUGGACAAGAUAGUUGAAGCUCUGUAUGAUUAUGAGCCAACCAAUGAUUAUGACCUGCAAUUUAAGAAAGGCGACCAACUCAAAGUUAUAUCAGUAAAAGGAGAAUGGUGGAAAGCGAUGUUAUUGUCGACUGGCCAGGAGGGAUUUGUUCCCAGUAACUUCAUGGCAAGGGUGGAUUCAUUAGAAAUAGAAAUAUGGUUCUUCAGAGAAAUAAGUCGCAAAAAUGCUGAGAGGCAACUUCUAGCAUCAGGCAAUAAGUCGGGGACUUUUUUAAUUCGGGAGAGUGAAACCAGUAAAGGUGCCUUUUCUUUGUCUGUGAAGGACUGUGACUCUAAGCACGGUGAUAUAGUGAAGCAUUACAAGAUUAGAUCACUUGACCGUGGUGGUUAUUAUAUCACUCCCAGGGCCACAUUCAUCAACUUAAAGCAACUUGUUCAGUACUAUUCAAAGAACUCGGAUGGUCUGUGCCAACGCCUGACUAGACCAUGCCCAACAGCUAUGCCUCAGAAGCCGUGGUGGCCCGAUGAGUGGGAAAUCCCAAGGGAAUCCCUGAAGUUGACAAAGAAACUAGGUGCUGGGCAGUUUGGCGAGGUCUGGAUGGGCAUCUAUAAGAACGACACCAAGGUUGCCGUUAAAACGCUGAAGGAGGGCAGCAUGUCUCCUGAAGCCUUCCUGGCAGAGGCCAACAUCAUGAAAACACUCCGGCAUGACAAGCUGGUGCAACUCUAUGCAGUCGUCACAAAAGAACCCAUAUAUAUUGUGGCUGAAUAUAUGAUGAAAGGUAGUUUGUUGGACUUCUUGAAGACUGACGAAGGACUUAAAGUACAACUUCCAAAGUUGAUCGAUAUGUCGGCACAGAUUGCAGAGGGCAUGGCAUACAUCGAGCAGAAAAAUUACAUCCACAGAGACUUGCGUGCUGCCAACAUCCUCGUAUCAGAGGCACUGGACUGUAAGAUUGCAGACUUCGGGCUCGCCAGGGUUAUAGAUAAUGAGUACACAGCCCGUGAGGGCGCUAAAUUUCCUAUUAAAUGGACGGCACCUGAAGCCAUCAAUUAUGGGACAUUCACAAUCAAAUCGGACGUCUGGUCCUUUGGGAUACUUUUAACAGAAAUUGUAACAUACGGGAGAAUACCAUAUCCAGGGAUGAGCAACCCUGAAGUGAUCCGUAACUUGGAUCGUGACUAUCGAAUGCCUUGCCCUGACAACUGUCCAGAGGAGCUGUAUGAUAUCAUGGAUAUCUGCUGGAAGAAGGGUCCAGAAGAAAGGCCCACAUUUGAAUAUCUUCAGGCAUUUCUGGAGGACUUUUAUAUAUCCACAGAAGGGCAAUAUCAAGUUGCUUAAGAGACGGAAUGCCUUUGGCAUCUUUUACAAUGAAUCGUUGGGUUAUCACAAUGCAGCUUAUAUCAUGCACUGAAUUCUCAUCCACGCAUUGCGGAAACUGGAAUAAUUCCAAAUGGGUCAGGUGGACAAAGUGCUCAGUAACUACCCACUUGACAAGCAGUUUACUCAAAACCUUGAAGGCUUAUGCUUGACUCUGAGAUCUCAGCUUGGCAGAAAUUCAGCAGACUAUACGCCAUUGCUGUCAGGGACGUGCAUUAAUGGGAAAUGUAUCACUGGGACGUUUCGUGAUUAAAGUGCCUUAGCUAAUAUGUGCAUGAAAAUCCUUUUCCCCUUAAGAACCCUCCCAGAACUCCCAACUGGUACAUUCCCCAGUCUCUUGUUUUAUUUAAAAGAACAAUUGCCUCAAUUGAAGUUGCAAUUGGAAACUGAGCUUUGAAUGUUUGUUCUUAAAUUUAACCAACAUU